AUGUCUCGAAUUUUAAGAAAUUUUAUAAUUCUGCUGCUUCUUGUGAUGCCAACAACUGUGCUGUUUUUUGAACAAGCCCUAUCCCCCAACGAAAUAUUGUCGGAAGAUUCAAAUUCGGGACCAUUUCCCUCUUCAAAACACACUAUUAAAACUGAAGAAGAGCAAGCCACGAUAAAGCCAUCCCCGGAUGCAGACACUUUCAUCCUGUUUACAAAGCCAAACAAUCCAUUAGAGUUGCCAGCAGGGAAGCCAGUGAGAAUACUCAUUGGGUUCACUAACAAAGGCAACUUGGAUUUCUUUGUGGACACCCUAGAGGCCUCGCUGAGAUACCCACAGGACUACAGCUAUUUCCUACAGAAUUUCACUUCAGUGACCUACAACACGGUGAUUCAGCCCCACAGACAGGCCACCUUUGAGUACGGCUUUGUCCCCAGUGAGGCAUUCAGCGCCCGUCCUUUUGGGCUGACCAUCUCGCUGAGCUACAAAGAUUCUGAAGGCACAGUUUUCCAAAGUUCAGUCUUUAAUGAAACCAUUCAGGUGGUGGAGCCAGACGAGGGCCUGGAUGGAGAAACCUUCUUCUUGUACAUCUUCCUGGUGGCCAUUGUGAUUUUAUUGCUUGUUGGAGCACAUCAAAUAGUCACCAGUUUUGGGAGAAAGCACCUGACCAAGCCACGCCAGACUGUAGAACUGGGCACCCAGAAUUCAGAUGUAGAUUAUGACUGGCUGCCAAAGGAAACACUUCAAGGAUUGAAUAAAUCCCCAAGGAGGUCGCCGAAACAAUCUCCCAGACAGCGACGGAACUUAAGAUCCAAAGGUGCCGGCGAGGAAUAG